AUGUCCAACAAGGCUCUGUUCUUUAAGAAGCUCCCCCAGGGAUACCCCGUCCCCGGUGAGAACCUUGCCAUCGAGCCUGCCUCAUACGGCCCUGAUGUCGCCGCUCCCGCCGACGGUGUUGUCUUGAAGUCGCUCUACACCAGUUUCGACCCCUACAUGCGUGGUCGCAUGCGCGAUGCCAGCAUCAAGUCCUACGCUCCUGCUUUUGAAUUGAACAAGCCCAUUGAAAGUCGUAGCAUCCUCGAGGUGGUCAGUUCCAAUGUCCCCGCCUACAAGAAGGGUGACGUCGUUAUUGGCUAUGCUCCCGUUCAGGAAUAUGUUGCCUUUGACGGCCCUAACGUGGCCGGUCGCAUCACCAAGCUGGACAACCCUCUCGGCAUUGAGGACAUCCGUGUCUUCCUCGGUGCUCUGGGUAUGCCCGGUCUGACCGCCUACUCGUCUCUGUACGAGAUCGGCAAGCCUAAGAAGGGUGAGACCAUCUUCAUUUCCGCGGCCAGUGGUGCUGUCGGCCAACUGGUUGGCCAGCUCGCCAAGCAUGAGGGUUUGCGUGUCAUUGGUUCCGUCGGCUCAGACGAGAAGCUCGAGUUCAUCACCAAGGAGCUUGGCUUCGAUGCUGGUUUCAACUACAAGAACGAGAAGCCCGCUGAUGCUCUCACCCGUCUUGCCCCCGAGGGUAUCGACAUCUACUACGAGAACGUCGGUGGUGAGCACCUUGAGGCUGCUCUCGACGCCAUGAACAACUUCGGACGUGUCGUCGUCUGCGGUAUGAUCUCCCAGUACAACGCCACCACCCCUUACCCUAUCAAGAACAUCACCUAUAUCCUGACCAAGCGCAUUACUAUGCGUGGAUUCAUUGUCGGUGAUGAGGGCUUUGCCAAUGUUUACACCAAGGAACACCAGGCCAAUGUGCAGAAGUGGAUCAAGGAGGGCUCUUUCAAGGCUCUUACCCACGAGACUGAGGGUAUUGACAAUGCCGCUGACGGUCUCAUUGGUAUCUUCUACGGCAAAAACAAGGGCAAGGCUGUGCUGAAGUUCUAA